CAACAAACAGAAAUUUGUAGUUUUUUUUGUAUUUUUUAAAAAACCUCUCCGGUUUUUAGGGGCACUCUCAUCACCCUGGAGCGGUGCGCCAUGCUCUCUCACGCCGACCUCCUGGACGCUCGCCUGGGGAUGAAAGAGGCGGCGGCUGAGCUGCUUGGGCACCGGGAGGCGGUGAAGUGCCGGAUGGGACCCGGGGGCUCCGAGCCGGGUCACCCAGGCGAUUGCCCUCCCGGCUCAGACGCGGUGGAAGGUGCGACUCUCCUUCCCGGCGACAGCAUCACCUCGGCCGGAUCGAACCCGGGCGGAGGAGGCGGAGGCGGCGGCGGCUCAGGCAGUGGGAAAGACCCGGACAAACAGCAGCAGCAGCAGCAACAACAGAGCCAACAGAGCCAACAGAAACAAAAGAGGCACCGAACCCGCUUCACACCGGCUCAGCUCAACGAACUAGAGAGGAGCUUCGCCAAGACCCACUAUCCGGACAUCUUCAUGAGAGAGGAAUUGGCUCUGCGCAUCGGCCUCACCGAGUCCAGGGUGCAGGUUUGGUUUCAGAACCGCCGCGCCAAGUGGAAGAAGCGUAAGAAGACCACCAAUGUGUUCCGUGCGCCGGGCACGCUGCUGCCGACUCCAGGACUGCCUCAGUUCCCAGGCGCCAGCAUGGGAGACGGUCUGUGCUCCUUCCACGCCAAUGACACCCGCUGGGCCACCGCGGGGGUGGGCGUCUCGCAGCUCCAGCUGCCCCCGGCCCUGGGUAGGCAACAGGCCAUGGCCCAGUCCCUGUCCCAGUGCAGCCUCGGCGGGCCACCCAAUUCCAUGGGGCUCUCCAACAGCCUGGCCAGCGCCAACGGCGGAGGCUUGCAGUCCCACCUGUACCAGCCCACUUUUCCCGGCAUGGUGCCCGCUUCCCUCGCUGGCCCCGGCAACGUGACGAGCGGCUCGCCGCAACUCUGCAGCUCCCCAGACAGCGACGUGUGGCGGGGGACAAGCAUCGCCUCCCUGCGCCGCAAAGCACUCGAGCACACAGUGUCUAUGAGCUUCACCUAAUGCAACUCCCUGAGCAGCUCUACCCCCCCCCCCUUCCCUCCCCCCUCCUAGCCUUCUAUCCAGCAGCCAAACAGCCAGGGAGUCGACUCAGGGUUUGAAAUGCAUCAUUCAGUACCCACACUCAAAUGGCAGGUGGGAGGGAGAGGGAGGGUGGUUGGUCAAACUCUACAAUUAUUAAUAUUUAAAGAACACACUCGAGGCACCAGGGACAAAGCGAACACCAUAUGGACUCAACUUCAAGAACUCUGUCAGUGGCGGUGAUCUGGAACUCUGAGCUGCCUCAUCUUUCUCAAUCAUAUUUCCACAUGGCUAGAGUUGACCUGUUGCAAUAACAUGUUAAAUCACACAAAGAAGGAGCUCUGACCAACUUUAGGGGAACUGUAUUUUUUGUCUCUCUCAUUUACUUUGAAUUUCUGCACGUUUGUAUUCUGCACAUCUUUAAUUAGUAUAUAAUCACUCGGAUACACUUCACCAGGCCCAGCCUCUUAGACUUUUUGUUGAACGUCACUGUCAUUGCCCCCAGACCCUUUCCUGAUUCCCUGACUCUUCAUCGCCUUCACAGGAGCAGGUACACAGCCAGCCCACCGUCUCAUUCAACCAGGUCCGGGCUGACCGCUAGUUCAACGCCAAUUGCCCACACGGAUUCCAUAUCCCUGAAUACCCUGCCCCCCUCCACAAAAAUAGUCUAAAUUCUGAAAAUUUCAACUGAUCAAGACUCAGUUCUCUUGGUUGCAUAAGAGGUUGGACAGUCAAUGACAGAUAGGUACGUGAGAUUAGCCUUUGCAGUGUUGCUUCUGCACUUUUAACAUAUUGACAGCACAGCAUAGGUUUUGAUUCACCAUCCAAUCUGGAGACCAUACACAAACAUACUUCAGUCUUGCACUACAGCGGCCACGGUAACACAAAGAGAUGGUGCAAGAAGGUGUGCUGACUAAUACUCUUUUCUCAAUGCACUAUGUUUAAGCCUUUGCGAGACUUGGUUCUCCUUGGUCGUAGCUCAUUUCUUGCGUGAUUUUCUUUUUUUAUAUACGUAAUACGAGAAAAUCCUUCUGUCAAAAAUGCCACUUGCACAGCAUGCCGAGAGGACGGUCACCAGCAUGCUAUGUGCACGUGAGUAUUUCGAAGCCCAGAACCUACUUAAAGUACAAACUCCACACCUUCACCUGCAUGAACUGGUCAGAAUUAACUAUUGGGCGGAAGUUUCAUGUGAACGAAAUGAUCAAAGCUGUGAUAUAGGAUGUUUUUUGUGUAGAAUAACCAUACCGGUUAUACAUUGGUCAAUUUGUGAUAUGUUUUAACUUAUUGCCUGUGCUUAUUUAUUGAACAUAGAUUUCCAAAUAAAUGUUUGAUCUGUUAUUGAUUUUCUUUUGCGCUGGGUUAAAAGUUAUUCAUUAUAAAGGAGGAAAUCCUGCCAUUUUGAAUAUGUAAUAUACAAUAUUCUCAUCAUAUUUUCGGAGUGUGUGAUCUUGGCUUAACAUUCCUUUUCUGAUAAUACGCGAUUAUAUCCUCUGUGCCUUUUUAGCUGUCAUCUACAGUCCGAAUGAGCAAGGCACUGAAUCUGUUUCAAAAUUAGUCAAGCUACUGCAGAGUUAUGUUUAUUAUUAAACAAUGACAAAUUGAUACAUAGCAAUUCCUAACUUUAAAAAAAGACACAUUGGUUACGUGUUGUCUGGGAUUUCAAUGCAUUCAGUAGAAGACAGUACAGUUAAAAGAGCACAGAAGUAUAGGAAUUACCAUUCUGUUCAUCACUGUCCAAUUUAGCAACUAAGUGAUGGUUAUUAUUUUCAGAUGUUUUUAAUACACAAUGUGUAUUAAACUUUCAACGGAAUUUAUAAGAAAAAGCUCUAUGAUUUCGUGUACAGUUAUUUGUAUUUAGAGAUGUCAGAAACAUUCAAAAAGUGAAACUCGAUCUGUGGAAAUUCAAUAAAUGAAUUGAAUAAAAACAAAUGCAAUGCAUUGCAGGAAAAACAAAGUGUCGACGUUACAGUUUUUGCGUAGCCUUUCCGAGUAUGUUUCACUAUCAAGUGACAAGAGUAAAAUUUAUGACAGACGGGAUUUUUACCUGAGAUAAUGGGAACUGCAGAUG